UGAAAUACAAUUUUAUUUGGAAUUGCUAUUCCCUCGUCGAACCUCACUAUUUUACUUGACGUUGCUGGUACAAUACCAUACCUUGACAUAUAGAGAUUUAAAUGAUCGAUAUAUUCCUUUAAUAGUCAGGUUAUGGUGAUAAAAGAAAUAAUACAAAUUUAGUUCAUUAACUUCGUCAUAUCCGAUUAUUAAACGCAUGUGCUUAGUGCUCAAUUAGAAGAUAAACACACGGACACUUAAAAAAAAAGUUGGACAUAAAACAUCUCGGAUGAUAUAGUUCUAAUAUUUGUAUUUCCGUCUUCGAGAUGUCUACUGCAGACCCUCUUCAGUGUAUGAUAUGUAGUAAGAGACAUAAAGAUCCAAGGAUUUUAGAGUGCUUUCAUUCAUUCUGUCGAGAAUGCAUAGACAAACACAUAAACAAAAUUGAAGCUAAAGUAUCAUUCGCAUGUCCUAUGUGUCGUACGGAGAUAGUAAUUCCAAAAUCUGGAGUGAAAGGUUUCAAAGUUAACUACUACAUCCGGGCUAUCCAGGCUAGUGCUGCAUUUUCAACGUUUUCAAACUGUGAUAAAUGUAAGCCAGAGACAGUGGAAGCUGUAGACCGUUGUCUAGAAUGUGAAAGUAAUUACUGUGAUACAUGUAGUAACCGUCAUAUUGAUACGGAGGGUAACAGAGACCAUCAUGUCAUCAAACUGUCAAAACCCGAGACGAAAAGUAUUACUCAACUGUCACACAAGUCAUACUGUGAAAAACACAAAGAGGAAAACAAAUUCUACUGCAUGCUUUGCGAAAUUCCUGUCUGUAAGGAAUGUGUUGCUAAAGUUUCAGACCACAAGGGACACAAAUACAAAAGCAUCCAGGAAGGUGCGAAAGAAAAACGUGAGAAAGUCAAUCCAAUGAUUAAAAGUAUGCAUGAAUAUCUGCCUUGCCUCCAAGACUACGUGAAGGAAAUGGGGGACUCUAAAAAACUGCUAGAUGGUUACUCACAGGAAGCUAUCACAAAUAUCAAAAACAGAUGUCAAUUUUUAAAGGAUCAAAUUGACAAAAUUGGAAACAAUCUGAUUGCAGAAGUUGACAGUCACAAAAACGGUGAAACCGAACGUAUUGACAAACAUAUAGAAGUUACACAACAUACAAUCACUUCAGUAUCUUCUAUAAACAAUUCCGUAGAAGAGAUACUCAAUCUGGGGAAUGAUGCAGAAGUUGUUAUGAUGUGUCAAAGAGUCCAAAAUCGUUUUAAACAUGUGGAUAAAGAAAUUCCACAGUCAGGCCUGAAAUCUUGUAAGAGCACGACAUUUCAUGUUGGCGCCGAUGAUGCCCAAUGCUUGGAAGAUAUGGUAGGUUAUUGUGAUGAUACGGAUAUUAAAAUGCCAUUUCUACCCUUACCAUGGGGUCUAAGAAUAGCUUUACAAUUUGAUGUCCAGCUUUUGUUCAGUUUCAAAGUUUCAGAAGUUAUGGACACAAUUCAUGCGAUAGCGCCAAUAUCCGAUAAGGAAGCAUGGAUAUGCUGUGGAUGGGGAACCAAUCAGAUGCAUCUGUUUUCAAAUAAAGGUGUAAAACUACGUACACAGAAGUUGGACAUACAAAUAGAUGAUAUUCACGGACGUCCGAAUGGCGAGGUAUAUAUUUCUAGCUAUGACGGAAAGAAACUCGUUAAACUUGACCAAGACUUAAAUGUGAAAGAUUUUGUUAAAUUGAAUUGGUAUCCUGCAGGGAUGACUUUCACAAAGAAGAACCAACUAUUAGUAUGUGCCGUAGACAGCUAUGUGACUACACGAGGUCGGGCGUCACGAAGAAUGGUUAUCAGAAUGAACGAAGCAGGACAGAUUUUGGACCAAAUCGAGGAAGACGGUUGCCAGGAAAUAUUUUGCGCACCAUAUAGACUUCAUCAAAAUAUGCUUGGUGAUAUUUGCGUUUCCGAUCGUGAAGAAAACAAUGUAAGAAUAACUACCCUCAGCACACAGGGUGUUGUUAAACAUUAUUACCGUGGACCGUCCGAAAUUGCUUUGAAGAAACCAUUUAAUCCUUUUGGUGUAGUUGCUGACAAGUCUGGCAACGUGCUAGUCGCAGAUUGGAGUAACCACGCUGUUCAUUUGUUGGACUUAAGCGGUCAGUUUAUCGGAUUCCUCUUGUCCGAAAAGGACGGAAUACGUGGCCCAAACGCAAUGGCCUUAGACAAAGAAGGACACUUAUGGGUCGGUGACACUAAAUCAACAGUAUGGAUAUACAAGUAUGCUAGAAAAGGGGAGAAUGGUACCCAGUCUCCAUCCACGAAUCAGUAAAUUGUAGACUUACUAAAUAUAACAAUUGUCAAGGAAACUUUACAGUGUUGAAUAAUUAUAUAAUCUAGUCUCCAUUUGUAUUCAUAAUUAUAUAGUU